UUGCCAAUACAGUACCCAAACUCUGCAAAAUGAAUGAUCCUAUGUCCACAAAUGAUAUGUUUGCCUGGAUAGCCUUUUCCCUUGCAAUUUCAUCUUCGUUAUUACUCAUCCUACUCCUCCACAGUCGUCUUAGCCGGAGAAAUCAAACCAAUUCAAGUCGGUUACCACCGGGUCCUCCAGGUUGGCCAUUGAUUGGGUACCUCUUAAAUUUAAGCUAUCAGCCACACAAAACAUUCGUACAUCUUCAAAAGAAAUAUGGGCCAGUUUUCAUGCUACGUCUGGGUGCCAUGAAUGUGCUAGUUAUUGCUUCAGAAGAUGCUGCCAUGGAGUUAUUCAAACACCAUGAUCAAGCCUUUUCCAAUCGUCUUCUAGGAGAGGUGCUGAAAUUGACAGGUGAUGAGUAUGGCCCAACUCCAUUACUGUCUCCGUCUGGAUCAAUCUGGCGAAUGAAUAGGCGACUAUAUGCAGCCAUCUUCUCUCGUACGACACUGAAGAAAUCUUUAGGUAGACGAAGACAAUUUGUGGAUCAAAUGAUGCAGUGGAUAUCGGUAGAAGAAAAGGAAGGUCGAAGUGUUGAAAUAAGACAUUUAAGUUUUGUUGCCUUAACUAAUUUAUUUGGAAAUCUCUUCUUUUCUAAAGAUCUUAUGGAUUUCAAAUCGGCAACUGGAAAUGAACUCUAUCACCUGAUUAAAGAGAUUGGAGUAUUAUCUACAAAGCCUAAUGUAGCUGAUUUCUUUCCAUGGUUACGGAAGUUAGAUCCACAGAAUUUGGGCAACAGAAUGAACAAGGCACGCAAUGCAUUUGAAAAUAUUAUUGAUGAGUUUGUAAAGGAGCGAAAGGGCAGGGAUAUUGUUUCACCCAAUAACAACGAGGAGAAGGAUUUUUUGGAUAUGUUGAUGGACUUCGAAGGCAGUGGCAAAGAUGAACCAAAGAAAAUGUUAGACAAACACAUAAAUGCGUUUAUGAUGGAAAUGAUGAUGGGUGGAACCGACACAACAGUGUCUACCAUAGAAUGGGUAAUGACAGAAGUUGUUCGCAAUCCAGAGGUAAUGAGGAAGGCCAAAGAUGAGAUUGCGCAAGUUGUUGGCUAUAACAGAAAGAUUGAAGAAAGUGAUACUGGAAGUUUACCUUAUCUAGGAGCGGUAAUUAAAGAAGCAAUGAGAUUAAAUCCAGUGGCUCCUUUCCUGAUUCCACGAGCUACAGUUGAAGAAACUGAAUUCAUGGGGUAUAUUGUACCUAAGGACACGGCAGUAUUUGUUAAUAUUUGGGGUAUUGGAAGGGAUUCAGCAUCAUGGGAUGACCCCUUCUCGUUCAACCCAGAUCGUUUUUUAGGAAAUACUACUGAUUACCGCGGUCGUCAUUAUCGAUUCUUACCAUUUGGAGCUGGAAGACGUAUUUGUCCUGGCCUCCCAAUGGUCAACCAAAUUCUUCCCAUUGUGGUUGGGUCACUGCUCCAAUCUUUUGAUUGGACCCUUGAAAAUGGCGUCACUCCUGAAUCCAUAGACAUGAAUGAAAAAUUAGAGAUGUCACUGAAGAAGUCCACUCCUUUAAGAAUAAAACCAAGAGCAACGGCACUUCAGACAAGUGUGGAAUGAUCCAUUUGGAGGCUAAAGUCAUAACUGUCAUAAAAGAGUGCAAGAGUGGUGAUGAUUUCCAAAACUUAGCCAAAUUUCUUUGUUUAGGGCUUCAAAAGUCAGUUUUUGUCGCUUUAAAGAGUUUCAUUUUUUACGGUAAUUUUUUGAACGUACUUUUUGUAUUUAGGAUACCCCGGUGUUGGAUUUUUUCUGAAGUCUAAUUAAGAUUAUUGCUAAAUAAAAAUUUAUCUUCAACAGUUUAUUGAAGGUGUACGUAAAACCGGAGCUGCCAUUAUAAAUUGUAAAUUGUGGACGUGGAAUCUUUCAUGUUGCAGUGUAUGGUUUCUGUAUGUGCUAAUA